AUGAGAACAACAUACAAAUUGAAUGGUGGAGUGGCCCUGAACAAUAUAUCAACAAGCAAGCCAGCAUUAAGAGGAAUGUUUCCUAUUAUUUUAGACAUUAGCAAAUUAAAUGAGAUUUUGCAGAUAUUGAAGCAACACAAGUUUCCUGAGGCAAAAUGGUUUGAAUUUGGAUUGAAUAUUGGUCUCCUUUAUCCUACACUGGAAACUAUUGAGGCUAAUCAUAGAGGAAAUACUUCACGCUGCCUGAUGGAGUGUUUAUCCAAGUGGCUGAGUAAAGCUGAUGAAAAUGUGCAUCCUCCUACUUGGCAGACACUGGCUGGUGCUCUUAGAAAGUUAGAAGCAAAAACAGUGGCUGAAAAUAUUGAGAAAACAGUGAUUAGCCAGCUACUACAGCAUUACAGCAGUAGAAUAACUCAAGCAGCACUCUCUGAAGAAUCAGUUGAUCUGUUACUUACAGAAGGACUGAUAUCUGAAGAGACAUUGAGGGAAGUGAAGAGUUGUGGAUGCACACUAACAAAUAAUGCAAUGAGAGAAAUAUACACAGUAGCUCAUGAUCAUAGCAAAUUGAAAUCAUUUGCUAAAAUAUUAUGUAAAUCUGAAGACACUGUCAAUAUGGCCAAUGAGUUACUACAGGAUAUUGGGAAAAUUAUUGUGUCUGAAAGUUUGUCUGAUUGCACUAAUGAGCCUUUAACCCAAGCACUUGCACCUACUUCAGAUAUUUCAUUUGAAGCACAUCAUGCAGCAAAUUAUGCCCCUACAGCUAAUUCAAGUCCUCAAACAGAGAUUCAACUUUAUAUUACACAAAUCUAUAAUGAUCGCUUUGACAAAAUGACAUGGAAUUAUGGGUCAUUUUAUUUCAAAAUCACCCGCUUGAUAUCCACUAACAUCACUCUAGACCAGCUUGAAGAUUUUAAAGAAUACAUUAGUUAUUGUUGCUCUGACCUGAGCCCACAGCUAGCUACUGCCACAACAGUAAAAGAUGUCAUGAAAGCGAUUAAAACCAAAUGCAAUGUCAUUAAUAUCACACCAGUAGAGGAAGUGGUCAGCUUUUAUAGCAUAACAGAAGCUAAGCCAUUGAUAUCUGAUUAUAAGACAACACUUGAUGAGUUUUGUCACACUUUCAAGCUUCAAUUCUUGCUUGACAAAAAGCUUUCAACAAGUGAUUUUCUUGUUUGUGAAACAAUCGAGUUUGUUCUAGACUGGGAUCCUGCUGAGCACAUACUAAGUGAUAUCCGUCGUUUAAUGGAGAAAGCAUUCAUUGGACUGAGCAGAAGAAUCAUAGUCAAAAGCAUGCAUAAAGGCAACUCCAUCAUUAUCAUUUGUGGUGCUCCUACUCACCUAAUGAAUGCUUUGCAAUUGAAGGCUUGUGAUAAUCUUACUGUGCUGCAAGAAGAAUUUGCUUUGAUAAGAUUAAAAAUUGGACACUGCAAAGUCUAUGAUAGGACCAUCAGAAACAAAGAGCUUAAGACUGUUGCAGAGGAGAUUCAAAUGUGUGAAGGAGAAUUAAUGAAGCUCAAUCCAUACCACAAUGACAAAGAAAGUCUUCUUGCUAGGCAAGCAGCACAACUUAUACCUUUAAAACACAAGCAAGAAUUUCUCGACAGUAGCAUGCAGGCAUCAGGAUUUAAAUCUAAAGUCAAACAAAUGGAAAGAGAAAAGGCUGCAAGUACAAAAAAGCGAAUGUUAUUAAAAGAAAAUCAACAUUUACAAUCUACUCUAAGAAUCAGAAUAAGACAAAAGGAAGCACUUCAAGAAAAUGAAAGAGUAAUUGGGGAACUAGAGGAAAGUAUUUCAUCUAUUAGUGCACAGAUGCUUGAAAUGAAACCUCCUUACAAUAAAAAAGUUAAAUCCACACAGACAGUGCUAUCAUCCAACGGAUCUAUCUGUGUAGCUGAAGAUGAUUACAAUGACACUGCUAUUUCAUUCAAAAAGGGUGAAUUACUUGAGUUAAGUACAAAUGGACAUGAGGUACAAUCACUGGAGACUGAACAGAAGAAUGUUGUUCCAAUGAAAUACAUUGGAUACUCAAGAGUAGAAUUACUUUACUUGUUUCAGUUUGCAGUGACAGCGUCAAAUUCACCAAUUUUUUUUCAUGAUGAUGAUGAUAAAGAAGAGUAUUUUAUACAAAAAAUUACUAAUGAUUCUACUCUCCUACAAUCAUUAAGGAAAUGGAUUUCAAAGCAAAAAUUGUUUGUGGCUUGUCAAAAUUUUGAAAAAGUACAGGAAUUAACGUUAAAAAAAGGAGAAGUACUUAGAAUUGCUGAAAACAGCAGUGAUGAAUGGUGGUAUAUACAUUCACUUCAUACAGGCAAUAGUGGCUAUGUCCAAAUUAAUCAUAUGCUACCGAUUGAAGGGGAAUACUCAAGAAUAUACUACAAGUACAUCUACUUUCAUAUAGCGGAUGCAGAAAAGCAAUUGAAAAAAGCAACCGCUCAAGUAGGUACCUUUUUAAUUAGAAAUAGUAAAAGCAAUCCUGUCAAGUAUACUCUCUCACUUAAUGAUGGAUUUACUAUCCGAAAAUUUCACGUAUACAUUGAGUUUAAUAAGUAUUAUAUAGACUCUCGUGUAAGGUUCGAUUCCCUCAAUGACCUGGUACAUCACUACAUGAUGGAAGCUGAUGGUCUGCCCUGCUCACUAACAGUUCCUAUACCCAAACAAAGAAACAUGCCCAUUGUAAUGAAUAAACAGUCGCAAAUUGACAAGUUAUUACUGGAGUUUUCAAAUUGCAUAAAUGCAGGACAGUUUGGAGAAAUAUUCAAGGGUGAUUGUAAAGGCAUCGGGCCAGUUACAAUCAAAACAAAUAUAGCAACAAAUUUUACACAAGAAACAUUUCUUGAAGAGACUAACAUGUUGGAAAAAUUCUAUCAUAAGAACAUCAUCAGUCUAUAUGGUAUUUGCAUUGAAGACUAUCCUUUUUAUAUUGUAACAGAACCAAUAAAUCAAAAUCUAAGGAAUCAUGUAAAUAUGAAUAAACUUACACUAGCAGAGUUAGUGGAUAUUGCUAUUCAAGUUACUGAUGGUAUGAUAUAUCUAGGAGAACAAGAUUAUAUUCACUGUGAUCUAAGAGCUGAAAAUGUACUAUUAAGAGACCAUCAUAACACUGUCAAGAUAGCAAACUUUCAUUUUGCUCUGCACCUCAAAGGCAAGAAAUACUGGACUGCUGAGGAAGGUACUACUAAGCUAGCUGCUCUAAAAUGGAUAGCACCUGAAUGGCAUACUUUAAAGCGACUAAGUAUUAAAUCUGAUGUUUGGUCAUUUGGUAUAUUACUAUGGGAAAUGGUUGCCAAAGAGAAAAACGAACUGUAUUCUGGUAUGACUAAUGAAGAAGUAUGGGAAGCAGUAUUAAAAGGCCAUCAUAAGUUCAUACCAAAGGAUUGUCCAGAACCAUUUAAACAACUUAUGGCAAACUGCUGGAAACAAAAUGAUGAUGAAAGGCCCAACUUUAACAAUAUCUUGGUUGAUCUUGUCAACCAUAGAUAUAAUAAGCUAUAUGAAAUAAAUUUUUGCUUUUGAACUUUAAGAUUUAAUUUAUGUGCAAGAGUGCUUGCUUUAAUACAA